AUGGCACCUAAUCAAGUUUGUGCUGGAUGUAACUACACAAUAAAAACCAAGGAGCUUUUGGUGUGCUCACUCUGUACAAAGAGGUUUGAUUUACUAUGCGCUAACGUUUCUGAAAAACGCUUUAAUAACAUGAAUAAAGAACAGAAAUGUGCAUGGCGAUGUCCAGAGUGUGUAAGCAAGCUGCCGAAACAAAGAAACACUAAUACACCUGUUCGCCAAGCUGCUAAUCCGGUAACUUCACCCGGGUCUGACUAUACGUCUACAGUAAAAAACGACUCGCCAUCCUGUUCGAACAUCACUUUUAGAGCAAGCCAGCAGCCGUUGCGUCAUGAAGCGAAACUCACUCUUGACAAUAUUAGGGAUGUAAUUAAGCAGGAAAUGAUGUCCAUAGUUAAGCUUAAAGUCACGGAAGAGCUGAAUGUUGUUAAGCAGCAGUUAUGA